ACCCUGCUGCACCGUGUCCCCUUGCCUUGGCGGGCAACGUGGAAGGCAGCAGCGUUUGGAGGGGAGAGAGCAGGAAGGAGAAGCGGAGGAGAGGCACCCUGCGUGCCUGGUGUUUGCAAAGCCUAUGGGAUCGAGCUGUCCUCAGUCUGCUCCAAGAUUGUCCAGCUGCUGGGCCAGAACGAGGUGGACUAUCGCCAGAAGCAGGUGGUGAUCGUGAGCCAAGAUAGCUUCUACCGGGUCCUCACCUCGGAGCAGAAAUCCAAAGCGCUGAAAGGCCAGUUCAAUUUUGACCACCCAGACGCCUUCGACAACGAGCUGAUCGUCAAAACGCUCAAAGAGAUCACGGAAGGGAAGACGGUCCAGAUUCCCGUCUAUGACUUUGUCUCCCACUCCAGGAAAGAGGAGACGGUGACUGUCUACCCUGCCGACGUGGUGCUCUUCGAAGGCAUCCUGGCCUUCUACAGCCAGGAGGUGCGGGACCUCUUCCGCAUGAAGCUCUUUGUGGACACAGACGCAGACACCCGGCUGUCCCGCAGAGUGCUACGAGACAUCAGUGAGCGAGGCAGGGACCUCGAGCAGAUCUUGUCUCAGUACAUCACCUUCGUCAAGCCUGCCUUUGAGGAGUUCUGCUUGCCAACCAAGAAGUAUGCUGAUGUGAUCAUUCCCAGAGGAGCAGAUAAUGAAGGUGAGCGGACCCAGGCCCCUCUCCGGCCAUUAGCGCAGGCAGAUGGUGCGUGGGUCACCCCGCUCUGCCGGCUGCACCAGGCCCAGGCCCAGCGGCUACACGAGUAA